GACAUGACGUCGAACUCUGGCGGCCCCCAUUUCGGCAUCAGUCACUCGAUUGCCAUCAACUUUGCGGAGACGCUUGCGGGACUCAACGUCAUCAGUGGCUACUUGCACGUCGUUGAUAUUGCGGGGGUUUCCUACAGCGACAGCUGGUGCGAAGACGGGUGCAAUGGCAUUCGCGUGUGGAUCGGCAAGCGCAUUCAGGGCUGGGACUGA